AUGGUCGCUGCAGAGAGCAAGCGUGGCGAGGCUGCAGUGCGCAAACUCAUCGCUGCAGGUGCUCAGGUCAACGCAGAGGACGACACGAAACUGCAAAACACGGCGCUGCAUUAUGCGGCAAUGUCUAACCGCGACUCGCUGGUCAUUGACGCUCUACUGGAAGCUGGGGCAGAUGCAUUCGCACUCAACCGCAAGGGGCUCUCACCGCUGGAUCUUGCGCGCCAGUACCGUCGGGUCGAGGUCGCUGGAGCUCUCAUGGAGCACAUGAAAGUCCAUAGUGGCUGGCUGUUCUUGCGUAGCAAGCUCCGCUGGAAGAAGCGCUGGGGAGUGGUGGUGGCCUGUAACAAGCAACGCACGUCCAAAGAGCUGUGCAUCUUCCACAAGCCAGGAGAGCUGCGACCCGAUGCUGUGCUGCUCGUCGAUGAGGCUGCGCGUGCGUCGCCCUUCCCAUCCAGCGACAGCUUUUGCUGGCUCAAACGUGACAACGCCUUCAUCUUCGACAAACCAGUCUUGUGCCAGCGUGCGAAGCGACAGAAGCUUACGCGUUCUCCCAUCUGCAGGAAGACCAUGAGCCAAGAAGACGUACAAACGCGGGACCUUGUCUUCGCAGCCGACAGUCUCCAUAACCUCGAGCGCUGGAAGGAGGUUCUGCAGAGCUCCAACUUUUAUUCCCGCGACAGAGGAGUUCCUCUCGUCGACAUGCCGCCUUUCGACGCACCGCACGGCGAGCUCUACUACUGGCCGCACGAACUCGUCCAGAACGUACGAUCAUCAGUGUUGCGGCAGCAAGAGCAGCAGCAGGAUGAGGGCAGCCCAUUGUUUCGACGUCUUGGCCGCGCACUUGAGCACCAAGAGCCCGAUCCGGCACACCACCACGAGGAGGACGAAGAGCCGCUUGAAGACAUGUUGAGAGACCUCCAGGGAUCGAACACCGCAGACGGAAGAACGCCUGCGCGAGUGCACUUUGCAUCUUCGGAGCCACAGAAGACCGUCGAGAUCGAUGAAGAUCUGUGCGGAUUGUGCUGCUCGCAGCGACGGAAUGCAGUCUGCGCGCCGUGUGGACACCGAGCUGGGUGUCACGCAUGUCUGCGGACGGUGAUGCAUACGUCACACGCCUGCCCAUUCUGCCGUGCUCGAGUCCGCUCCGUCAUGCGCGUGUACGACUAG